UCUGCUCCCAGCCCGGGGCGCCCCCAGCCCCGUUCCAGCUUGCGCGAAUCCCCCUCCCCCUCCUCAGUCCUCUCUUCUUUUCUGUGCUCUUCGGGAUGGCUGGUUACCUGCGGGCUGUGAGCUCCCUAGGCAGAACCUCCGCUUCGGUCCUGGGCAGAGCCCCAGGGGCCUUGGCCCCGGCAGCCCUAUGCCUGCAAGGAGGGCAGCCACGGCGCAACUAUGCACACAAACGGAUCAAGGUCGACAAGCCUGUGGUGGAGAUGGAUGGAGAUGAGAUGACACGCAUCAUCUGGCAGUUCAUCAAAGAAAAGCUCAUCCUACCCCACGUGGACGUGCAGCUCAAGUACUUUGACCUGGGGCUCCCACACCGUGACCAGACGGAUGACCAGGUCACCAUAGACUCGGCCCUGGCUACUCAGAAGUACAGCGUGGCUGUCAAGUGUGCCACCAUCACUCCAGACGAAGCCCGGGUGGAAGAAUUCAAGCUAAAGAAGAUGUGGAAAAGCCCCAAUGGGACAAUCAGAAACAUUUUAGGGGGAACAGUAUUCAGGGAACCUAUCAUCUGCAAGAAUAUCCCUCGCCUUGUUCCGGGUUGGACAAAACCCAUCACGAUUGGCAGGCACGCACAUGGUGACCAGUACAAGGCCACCGACUUUGUGGUAGACAAGGCAGGCACUUUCAAGAUGGUGUUCACUCCCAAAGAUGGCAGUGGUGCAAAGGAAUGGGAAGUCUACAACUUCCCUGCUGGAGGUGUGGGCAUGGGCAUGUACAACACCGAUGAGUCCAUCUCGGGGUUUGCACACAGCUGCUUCCAGUACGCCAUCCAGAAGAAGUGGCCGCUCUACCUGAGCACCAAGAACACCAUCCUCAAGGUCUACGACGGUCGCUUCAAAGACAUCUUCCAGGAGAUCUUCGACAAGCACUACAAGACAGAUUUUGACAAGAACAAGAUUUGGUACGAACACCGGCUCAUCGACGACAUGGUAGCCCAAGUCCUCAAGUCUAACGGGGGUUUCGUCUGGGCCUGCAAGAAUUACGACGGUGACGUGCAGUCCGAUAUUCUAGCCCAGGGCUUCGGUUCCCUUGGCCUGAUGACCUCAGUGCUGGUCUGCCCCGAUGGAAAGACCAUUGAGGCAGAGGCAGCCCACGGAACUGUCACCCGCCAUUACCGAGAGCACCAGAAGGGCCGACCCACUAGCACCAAUCCCAUUGCCAGCAUCUUUGCCUGGACCAGAGGCUUAGAGCACCGAGGAAAGCUGGACGGUAACCAGGACUUAAUCAAGUUUGCGCAGACCCUGGAGAAGGUGUGUGUCCAGACGGUAGAGAGCGGUGCUAUGACCAAGGAUCUCGCGGGCUGCAUCCACGGCCUGAGCCACGUGAAGCUGAACGAGCACUAUCUGAACACCGGAGACUUCCUGGACACGAUCAAGAAUAACCUAGACAAAGCUCUGGGCCAGAACUAGGGGCUGGGGGGGAGCAGCUCCGGGGGGCCUGGGGAAGGCCAGGUUCGACACCUUUCCUUCAGCCCUCGCCCUUGCCCUCAGCAUGGAGGGAACCAUCCAUCACCCUUUUCUCUUGGCAAUGUGGAGCAGGAAGUCCGUGCUGGGGAUACUUUUUAUGAGCUGGCGGGGUGGUGUUUUUUGUUUUGUUUUUUCCCCGAAGGGUCUCUGAGGUAUGAGUUUUGAGGUGUGUUUUGCCUCAGCCAAAGCUGUUUCACCUAACUGUAAUUUAUAUACCGUCCUCGGAACACACUGUGCCAUAUUUAGCUACUAAAUUCUCUUUUCAAA